AUGGCGGGUGCGACACCAGACAUCCAGCAGAUCCUUGAGCAGUUGCGUGCUACUCAACAGAGACCUGCGACGACGACCCCUACGCAAGGCCAGCCUGGUCUUCCUGGCCCAUCCUACCCCCCCGCCCAGGGCUAUGCCAUGCCGCCAGGUGCCACUCCUGUCCAGCAGAGCAACUACCCACCUCCUGGCGCCUACGGCUACCCGCAGCCCUCGUCGAGCGGGACCGUCGACCUGAGCGCCAUCAAGCCAGUCAACUCGGGCACGGUGAGCAUCCAAGAUGCCAUAGCAAAGGCAAAAGCCGUCGCUGCCGCCAACAACCUCGCCCCCUACGAGCGGCCUCCCGUCUACGCUGGGAACGACGGGCGUCGCCGGUCGCGUUCCAGAUCCCCUCCCCGCCGCGAGGCUUUUCACGACAACUACAACCCCUAUAGAGAUGAGCGUCGUGCUGAUCGUGCCCCUCGCGACCACGGCCGCGAGAGGUCAUACUCCCCUGGACCCCGUGGCCGUCAGGGCGGCGGUGCUUUCUCCCCCCGAGGCUCCAAUUCUGCGCGCCAACGCUCUCCCCUCCGUGGAGAGGAUGACAGCUCGUCCGAGACCAUGCAGAUCGAGGCAAGCCUCGUCGGGCUCAUCAUCGGGAGGCAGGGAGAGAAUCUACGACGUGUUGAGGGCGAGACAAAGUGUCGGGUCCAGUUCCUUGCCCCGCACAGCGGCGAUGACAAGUUCCGGCAGUGCAAGAUCACCGGCCCUCGCGCCAGGAGAGCGGAAGCAAAGGCAGCCAUCAACCGGAUAAUCGACGACAGUGGCAUGGGCGCGAUCGCCCGCGCCGGUUUGGAUAGAGGCCAGCCCCGUCCGCCUCCAACUGUCGACCCCACCAGCGGCCAGAUAAACCUCAAGGACGGAGAAGAAUGCUUGCAGAUCAUGGUGCCUGACCGCACUGUUGGUCUCAUCAUCGGACGAGGUGGCGAGACAAUCCGUGAUCUCCAGGAGCGGAGUGGCUGCCACGUCAAUAUUGUUGGCGAGUCCAAGAGCGUCAACGGGCUCCGCCCUGUCAACCUUAUUGGUCCUUAUGCCGCUGCUGCCCAGGCCAAGGACCUCAUCAUGGAAAUUGUGGACAGCGACAGCCGAAAUGGAAACUCAGGCGGCGGCGGUGGAGGCAACCAACACCAAGGCCGACCCAACCAGCGGGAUAACAGCCACGACAAGAUCAAUGAUGCAAUCUUCGUCCCGAACGAGGCCGUUGGUAUGAUCAUUGGCAAGGGCGGCGAGACCAUCCGUGAGAUGCAGAAUCAGACUGGCUGCAAGAUCAAUGUUUCGCAACAACCUGCGCCUGGUGAGGCUGAGCGGGAGAUCGAGCUUGUCGGUAGCCGGGACGCAAUCGAGCGGGCGAAGCGGGCCAUUGAGGACAAAGUCGAGGCAGUUAGACAGAAGAGCAACGGUGGUGGUGGUGGCGCCGGAGGAGGAGGAGGCCGCGGUCGUGGGCAGCACCGCGACUACGACAAUCCGAGCUACGGGCAGCCGCCUUCUAACAACCAGCAGCCACGGGCACCUGCGGCUCAAGCAGGCGCUGACGGCCAAGCAGACCCCUACGCACCCUAUGGCGGCUAUCAGAACUAUCUGGCACUAUGGUACCAGUCCCUUGCUGCACAGCAAGCCAAUGCGGGCCAGGGCGAGGCCCCCAAGCCACCCGGCACAUCGUAA